ACAGUUAAUUAGGAUAUCCUAUCUAACUUGGGUCGGCUUGGAUAACAAGCAUCUCAAACACGGCACUUGGAAAAGACCCCACGGCACUCUGUCCGGUUUGUUUGCAGACCCCAAACACAACAAGGGGCUUUCACACAAUCAAUUACCGAAAUUGAGUUUUUUUGUGAGCACACAUAACAGUCCACACAAUAAGCAUGGAUGGAUAAUUUACAUGUUGUAUUGCCCCCCUGUUAAUACUGUCUAACGUCAAACAGCCAAAUGAUCCGCGGGGCAAAUCCCCGGUGAAGACAUCAAAACAAGCGCGGAUUUAUGGUUUAUAGCAGAGAAAUAAGCCGAUAAGUCUAAAACACACUCAAAUGUAUUAAUUCUGCGUUCGGAUCAAUCCAAAUGAAAAUGAGAUAUCGCAGGGCGCAGAAACGUACGGGACCAGCCACAGUCACAGGAGAUUACUCUGCUGUUAUACGGGGAAAGCAGGCAGUGAGGGAAAGUGUUGCUGCUGGAGAGGUGUCUUUCCCGCUGCGUGGUGAGUUUUGGAGCCCCGGGCACGGCACUGAGUGCGGGGGGCUUGUCCGCGGCGUGACGGGACUCCCAGCGCUCGGAACAGCGGUUCACAGCCCGGAGAAGGAGGCGAACUGCUCGGCUGGUGCUGAAUUCCCUUUCUCUCUCCCAGGACUUGGUGCUUCCAGUGAAAAGGGCAGAGAGAGUGACAGCAGCAAAGCACAAGUGGCCACGGACACUAACUGUAACCAGAUCUUCUCCAAGCACCUGUCCCGCAUGAUGAAACCGGGAAUUAGGUGCGCCGACUGCCCCGAGGGAUCCCCGGUGCGUGUGGAGGGACCUGCGGAAGACAGGAGGGUGAUGACAGGGAACGGGACACCCCGGAGUGGGAGCCAGUGUCUGCCUCUCCUUCUCCUGAUCCUCCUCGGCAGCAGUUGCCACAUGUUGCACGCCCAAGAGGUGGCUCCCUACCUGCGUGGAGGAGGACUGGGGCAGCAGGUGGUGUUGGAGGGGAACAGACUGGUGCUGACCUGCCUGGCAGGAGGCAGCUGGCCUCUGCAGUACCGCUGGACUCUCAACAAUAGCAACAUCACCGACUGGUCACCACAGUACAGGUUAUCUGUCCCGACUCUGAGCAGGACUGACUCUGGCUUCUAUCAGUGUGUGGUAAGGAAUAGGAUGGGAGCGCUCAUACACAGGAAGACAGAGGUGCAGGUGGCCUUUUUAGGAAACUUCUCAGCUGAGGAGCAGAGGCGGACGGUGACUCAGGGCCGAGCGGUGGUCAUCAGCCAUCCUGCUCUUGCUUCCUCCCCUCGACCCGUGGUCACAUGGUACAGAGACGGACAAAAGAUCAUCCCCAAUAACCGAAUAACAAUCACCUUGGACAAUCAGCUGGUUGUCUUGGCAGCCACAGCAGCGGACGCGGGACGUUACCACGCAGAGGCGGUCAACGAGUUAACGGGAGAGAAUGUGACGAGUCCCGCCAUCUACCUAAGCAUCUCAGUUGGCAAGAAGAACCGUGGGUCAACAGAUGCAGACUUAGAGCUUGUGGCUCCAACAAUAGUGAUUGGACCAAAGGACACAACAGUGACAAUGGGGAGUGAGGCUACAUUGGAGUGCAUCGCUAAUGCUAGACCAGUGGACAGGCUCGUGCUGUCAUGGAAACGGGAUGGGCGUCGGCUGGCCAAUGGGCGUCGGCUCAUUAUUCCUGCCCCCACUGCCUCUGACACAGGGUUGUAUGUUUGUGAAGUGUCGCUUAGCAACAGCACUGCCAAACCUGUGGAGGCCAGGGCACAGCUCACUGUAAUGGAGCCGCCGUCCCUCUCCUCCCAGCCCAAGAGGAAGACAACUGCUGAGCUGGACAGGAAUAUAGACAUCCCUUGUGUGGCUACAGGUGUGCCCCAGCCCAGGAUAGAGUGGUACAAAGACGCAGUGCCUCUCUCCAGGCUGGCCAACCCUCGCUACAAGGUCACUACGGCAACGGGGCUUACGGUGCGCAGGGUGCAGCCGGGAGACGGAGGAAUAUUCCAGUGUUUUGCUCGCAAUGCUGCUGGAGAGACGCAAACACACACGCAACUCCUCGUCUCCAGUGUGGCCCCCAUAUUUACAUCGCCCCCCUCCGACCAAACAGUAACUGAUGGGAACACGGCCUUCUUUACCUGCCAAACUACUGGAGCUCCAAAACCUGCCAUCACCUGGAGGAAAGGUUCUCAGGUCUUAGCUAGCGGCUCGGUACAGACUUCCAGGUUCACGCUGUUGCAGUCGGGCGGCCUGCAGGUUCAGCCCGUCACCUUCCAGGAUGCGGGAGAAUACACCUGCAUCGUUUCCAACUCGGAGGGAACCAUCAAUGCAACUGCCACACUCACCGUCUGGAGUCGCACGGCCAUCUCUGUGCCUCCGUCAGACCAGCGUGUUAUCAAAGGAACCACCGCCACGCUGGAUUGUAAUGCUACACACGACCACAGAGUCAAUGUCAGCUUCCAGUGGGAUCGCGGCGGUGUGCAGGUUCUUCCGUCCAGCGGGGGGCGUGUCUCCAUGCGCCACGGCUCCCUCACUAUUGGCCAGACAUGGUCAGGUGACAUUGGAGAUUACACAUGUACUGUGACAUCUCAGGCUGGCAAUGAUUCCCGUUCUGCACGCCUCGAAGUCAUUGAGCUGCCCCACUCCCCUCGCUCCCUGACGGCCCGUCUCAAUGACUCCGACUCCCGCUCCGUCCUGCUGUCCUGGCUGCGCCCCUUCGACGGGAACUCCCCCCUCCUGCACUACCUGCUGGAGCUCUCCGAGAACAACUCACCGUGGAAGGUCUACCUAUCAGAGGUGGACCCUGCUGUGACUGAGGUGUCAGUGGGCGGGCUCACUCCAGCCAGGACCUAUCAGUUCCGUCUCUGCGCUGUCAAUCAAGUGGGCAGGGGCCAGUACAGCGCUGAGACACAAAGAUUGAUGCUGAGGGAAGAGGCACCCAGCGCUCCCCCUAAGAACAUCGUGGCCAGUGGGCGGACCAACCAGUCCAUCAUGGUCCAGUGGCAGCCUCCACCAGAGCCCCAGCUCAAUGGAGUUCUUCGAGGAUAUGUCCUCAGGUACCGUCUGGCAGGGCUGCCAGGGGACUACCAAGAAAAGAACAUCAGCAGCCCGGAGACCAACUACUGCCUGCUAAAUGAUCUGAUCAUCUGGACACAGUACCAGAUCCAGGUGGCUGCUUACACUGGAGCCGGCCUGGGCGUCUACAGCAGCCCUGUCACUGAGUACACCCUGCAGGGAGUUCCCACAGCACCUCCGCAGGAAGUAGAGGUUGUAGCUAUCAACUCCACCACCAUCCGCUUUACAUGGAACCCUCCGCCCCAGCAGUUCAUCAACGGCAUCAACCAGGGAUACAAGUUGCUGGUCUGGCCAGAGCAGUCUCCAGAGGAUAUUACCAUAGUAACCAUCACCCCAGACUAUCCGGGCUCCCGCCACACAGGAUUAGUCAGUGGACUCAGGAAAUUCACCUGGUAUUUUGGCUCCGCCCUCUGUUUCACAACGCCAGGAGACGGCCCCCGCAGUCCACCCACUCUGUUGCAAACACAUGAGGACACACCUGGUCCUGUACGACACCUGAGCUUCACUGAAAUCUUGGACACAUCUCUCAGAGUCAGCUGGGUGGAGCCUGAAGACAGGAACGGCAUCAUCACAGGCUACAAGCUGUGGUGGGAGGUGUUGGGUGUGAAUGCGAGUUGUGAGGAACGCUCCCUGUCCAACUCCACCCUGCAGUACCAGCUCACCGGCCUCACUUCCACCACCUCAUACAUGCUACAGGUGGCCGCACUCACCGCCGCAGGAAGGGGAGUGGUUACAUCCUCCACCAUCUCCACCGGGGUCCCACCAGAGCUUCCUGGUGCACCAUCAAACUUAGUCAUCUCUAAUAUCAGCCCUCGGUCUGCCACACUGAGGUUUCACCCCGGGUCUGAUGGCAAGACUGCCAUAUCAAAGUGGAUCGUUGAAGGACAGAUAGUGAAGGAGGAGGAGAAGGAGGAGGGGAAGGACGAGGCGGCGUGGAGAGUUCUCUACGAGAAAGACAAUGAGCCAGACGCGGACACACUGGAGAUCCCCAACCUUACCCCUUUCACUCAGUACAGGUUCCGAAUGCGUCAGGUGAACAUUGUGGGUACCAGUCCCCUGAGCGCCCCCUCCAGGUUGAUUCAAACGCUUCAGGCUGCCCCCGACACUCACCCCUUAAACCUCACACUCCUGUCUGCCACGCAGACCAGUCUUCGCUUCCAGUGGAAGCCCCUUCCAGAGUCUGAGUACAACAGCAGCCCAGAGACUGUGGGCUACCGGUUGUGUGUGCGGCGGAUGGACCGCCAGGGGGAGGACCAGAUUGAGGAGGUGGAGGAGGCCGGGCUGAAGGCCGGAGGGAGCAGUGAGGCCACGGUGGAAGGCUUGGAUCCCUGGACCCAGUACCAUGUUCAGAUACAGGCCUACAACUCCAUAGGAGCGGGACCAUGGAGCGAUGCUGUCUCCGCACACACAGCAGAGUCUGUUCCUUCUGGAGCCCCACAGAAUGUGACUGCUGAGGCUGUUACUUCGACCAGAAUCCUGCUCAAGUGGUCUCCUUUGCCCCGGACACAGAGGAACGGAGUCAUACUAGGAUAUAAGGUCUUGUACAGUGAGAAGGACUCAACGGCUCCCCCCAGAGUUGAAGUGAUGGAGGGAGAGGGGAGCACCUCCCUGCUCAUCGGGGACCUGCAGAAAUACACACUGCACACACUGCAGGUCAUGGCGUACACACGGGUAGGAGACGGUCCGCCCAGCAGCCCCAUACUCCUCAGGACCAAAGAGGACGUCCCAGGGCCUCCUGUCAGGAUGGUGUUUCCAGAAGUUCGAUUGUCAUCAGUUAGGGUGGUCUGGCAGCCACCCACGCACCCCAAUGGCAUCAUCCUAGGCUACCAGAUCUCGUACCGCCUGGACACCAGGGACCCUCAGCGCUGGACCACAGUUGAGGUGGGAUCCAAUGCCCGUCAGUUCACCGUCACAGGUCUUUCCCCAGAGCAGACCUACGUAUUCCGACUGACGGCUCGCACCGCCCUGGGCUGGGGGGAGGCACAGGAAGCCCUGGUCAUCACCACCGAACGCAGAGAGCGUCCCCAGCCACCCAGGAAGUUGUCUGUCCCACAGGACGGGGUUGAAUCUCGCAGGCUCCGCCUCCACUGGGUGACAGGCAGCUCAGGCUCCUCCCCCCUGAGGUAUUUCACUCUGCAGAUCAAAGAGCUGCCCAACGCCGACUGGAACACACACACCGCUGACAUCCCGCACAACCUGACCGCCUGGACCCUUGACAGGCUGAAGCCCUUCACAUCAUACAAGCUACGGAUGCUGGCCACCAAUGACAUAGGAGACAGCGCCCUUAGCAAAGAGACGGAGGCAGUUACAACUCUGCAGGACGUGCCUGAUGAGCCUCCAGUCAUCCUCGCAGUGAAACCAUCAACCACCACCUCAAUCCUGGUGCAGUGGAAGCGUCCCAGUGAUGCAAAUAUUAAUGGAGUGUUGAUUGGGUACCGGCUCUACUAUAGAGAGCUCCCCAUAAACAACACGUCCUCCACUGCAGGAGAAGCCAUGGCAACCAAAAACAACACCACAACAAGUGCCCUCAUCACUGCCAAGAGCACCUUCAAGACAGUCAGCAGUGCCUCGCUAACGGAGUUUGAGUUGACACAGCUGAAGAAGUACAAACGCUACCAGAUUGUCAUGACAAGCUACAACAUCAUCGGAGAGAGCCCGCCCUCCACCCCUGUUGAGGUGUCUGUUGGCGAAGCAGCUCCAUCAGUCGCCCCUCAGUCUAUCAGAGUAUCAGCUGUGGCUCCCACCAUUCUGGAACUGACCUGGGACACCCCACCCCUGGAGACGCAGAAUGGACUUAUUCAAGGAUACAAGAUCCACUACUGGGAGAGAGACAAGCAGAAUCAGACCGAGAAGGUGAAGGUGAUCUUUGUUCCGGACACUCGUGUUCGCCUGGUCAACCUCACUAGCUACACGCCUUACCUGGUCACACUGACUGCCUUCAACACGGCUGGAGACGGCCCGCCAAGCGAGCCCCGCGGGGCCCGGACCCUGCAGUCUGCUCCCAGCCAGCCCAGCUAUCUGUCCUUUUCAGAGGUGACAGGGGGAAGUGUCAACGUGUCCUGGGGUUCUCCUCUAACUCCUAAUGGGCAGCUGGAGGGCUACAGGGUGGUCUACCAACCAACUGCUCCUGUACAAGGAGUGAGUAAAGUGGUGACGGUGGAUGUGAAGGGGAGCUGGCAGCGCUGGCUGAAGGUUCGAGACUUGACCAAAGGAGUGACCUACACUUUCACCGUUCAGGCCCGCACAGUUAGUUACGGACCGCCCAUACAUGCCAACAUCACGGCACAACCUGCACAAGGCACCCCUGGCUCGCCUGUGGAAAUGUCCAUUACAAAGUCCUCCACUUCCCUCAAUAUCCAUUGGUCAGAGGGAGAAGCAGGGGCAGGACCUAUAAUUGGCUAUGUCAUUGAGGCGCGUCCCUCAGAUGAAGGAGUGUGGGAUUCUUUCAUCAGACUCCUCCCUCCCAGCAGCAGGUCUGUUUCAGUGCCUCUGGAGCGACUGAGAUCAGGGAUCAGCUACGAGUUCCGAGUCAUCGCUGUCAAUCGCUAUGGUUACGGGCAGCCAAGUACACCCUCCGCUGCACUCGCCGCGCUGUCGGAGCGUCCGUUCUACGAGGAGUGGUGGUUCCUGCUGGUCAUGGCUCUGGUGGGGCUCAUCCUCAUCCUGGUGCUGGUCUUCACCCUGCUGCUGCACGGCCACAGCACCAAGUACAAGGCCUGCGGCACAGGAAAGCAUGUAUCUACAGUGGAGGAGUCUGUAACCCUGGACAAUGGAGGCUUCACCGCGCUGGAGCUCAACAGCAGGACUCUGAACAGCAAGAACUCCUUCUUGAAGAAGAACGGAACCAGAUCUCCCCCCAGGCCCAGUCCAGGUGGUCUCCACUACUCUGAUGAGGACAUCUGUAACAACUACAAUGGAGCUGUGCUCACUGAGAGCACCACGCUCACCGAGAAACCAACUGAGGUGUCUGAGUCAGAGUUAACAGACAGCGACUACGAGGAUGAGCAGCCUAAGCACUCCUUUGUCAACCACUACAUGAGCGACCCCACCUACUACAACUCCUGGAAGCGCCAGCCCAAAGGCCUGAAGGGGAUCAGCGCUCCUUUCGGCUAUGAGGAGUGUGCCACGGCGGACACAGAGCCUUACUACCAGACCGUGGUGACCCAGCACAGCGCGGGCGGGGCGUACACUCCCACGGGCCAGCCGGCACACACACACGUCAACCCCAACACCAACCCGCCAGGGUCACGCACUCCUGUCACGGGAUUCUCCUCUUUCGUGUGACUUCAGAGGGAGAAAAACCCAGCACAAAAUAAUAUACACACUGAUAACAACAUGAAAGGGGGGGGGCGUCGAUUUGUGUUUGGACGAAAGGAAGGAGGGAGCAGGUGGCUUUGGAGGAGAGGAGAGGGGAGGAUGAGACGAGGAGAGGUGGGAUGGACUGAUGAUGCAACAGCCCCUCGUGCCCCAAAGAACUAAACCUACACUCCUCACUCGCCUUCUCCCCUCGUUCACAACGAUCCUCACCGUGCUGACGAGUGUGUGUCCUGCUCCUGAUCUUUUACGCCUCUAUGUCACUGUGCUUACACACACAGUUUUACACAAACACACACAUACACACACACACAUUCACAUCGAUAUACUACUAGAUAGUCAUGCCUAUUCCAGAGACUCUCUAAGGAGAGCAUGCUUUUGCGCUGUGAGAUACUAGAUGUGUCACUUUGUGUAACCGUAGGAGAGAAAAUGGAACCAGGACAACAGAACCGGGAACUCCUGCACAAAUGCUAAUUCUUAUCUGUUCUCCCACUCCACGCAUACACACAAACAGUAUGUGCACACAAACACACACACACACACACACAUGCAUACUGUUACACCAAUCGCCAUCUCCCUCUGGGAGAGAGAAGCUUCUAGGGGGAGGAGAAUUACUAGAAAAUGGCACAGAAGGGAGCGGCUUUUGUUGACGUACUGGUUCAUGUACACAAACACUGAGCUGUCAGCUUUAAAAGACUACAGUACCACGCAGAGGAAGAGUUUAAAAAAAGAAAAAAGGAAAAACCUAUCGAUAAUCACAACCUGAUGAGGGAGGGAGAGGCAGUGUGUGGGUGUGGAUUCUUGAGCACUUAAGGCAUUCUAAGUGUGAGUGUUGCGUGCUUCGCGGGAGGUGUGUGUGACGGUCGGGUUUAGGAAAAAUGCACCACCAUAUUUUUUACUGUGUACUGCCUGUUGUCAGCGCUCCCUAUCCCCCAGCCUCCCAAGCCAUAAUGCUUGCACUGAGCCGAUUCCCACACAUUUUAAUCUUAUAUUUGCUGAUCAUUGUUUUUCUCUCUUUUUUUAAAAAAUAAAAAUUGGUUUGUUUUUUACAAGUAUGUGUGUAUUUGUGUGUGUGUAUGUGUGAGGGUGUGUGUGUGUGAGAGAGAGAGAGGGUGUGCAUGUAUGUGAUGCGCACGCACACAAGCAUGCAUGUAGAGUGGGUCUGUGCUUACUUCAGAAGCCCGUUCAUCUGUCUCUGUUGUUUAUUGCUAAGCAAAGUGUGCCAUCAUAUGUAUGUUUGUUUGUGUAUAUUUUUAUGAUGGAUUUUGUACAGGGGAAACCUUUUUACUUGUGCUAUUGUAUGUAGUCUGGCUAAGUUUGUGUAGUUCAGAGUCAAAAAUAGUGAACACAGCACUGGAGCAGGCUUCUAUCUACCACUGACCUACUGACUGGAGAGAGGGAGAGGGAGCACGGGGGUCAGAAGGUCAAAAGAGAUUUUUACAAGAAUCAUAAAAGCAAGCUGCAGUGAAUGAGUGAGUGGUGGACAAAAUUACAGCAUAAUUUGAAUCGAGAUGUGUUUCUUCUUUAAGCCGAGUGUGACUGAACUUUGAAUGGUGUGACCCCUCCAUCGGCACCCUGGCCUCUCUCCAGAGGCCCAGACUCCCAGCAGCCAGGCUGACACACACAAACUUUGUACUUCUCCUCGAGUGCAAGUACACCAAUUAAAAAUCAUCUGAAUGAGUUUUUUUGCUUAUGUAUAAUUUAAUCAUCGACUCCCUACACCCUCCAGCACCACACCCCCUCUCUCAUGCUUGUUUUAAAUCCCAUACAGUGUGUGAAUAAAUGGUCCUUGUUGAACAA